ACAAUUUGUGUUCCAUAGUUACUAGUUAGUUAGUUUUGUAUACUUUAAUUGCAAACAAGAGCGCAAACACACUAUUUAUUGUUCAUUCAGGGAAAAUUUUACAGUUGCACAAACAAUGUAUCAAAUUUAUGCAGUGUUUAUCGGCCUCGUAUGCCUAAUUAGCGUUUUGCCUUUCAUUGUCCAUGGGAUACCCCUGUCCCUGACCCUGGACAAACCUUUGAAUGCGAGCAGCAACCAGAGCUCCGUGCCGUCGAACAUGACAGUCCCAUCGAAGUCUGAGGAGGUUCAAGCCCAAGUGCAGGCACAGGACCUGGUGGCGGCUGCCGAUAACUCUGGAUACCGCGGACAGGAAUCGGAAAGUGGCAAAAUGGGCCUGUUUCCUGUCGCCUAUCAGAGCAAGCUGCGCACGGCGGACAAGGCACCAGCGACCAGGAAGGUGUCUGGAACUAAGCGCCCCAUGGUCCGUGGUAAUCUCACAAAGGGGGCUCUCAACUUCUGGGCCAUGCCCAAGGCUAAAAAACCAAAAGCAAAGGGAGAAGGAGAAGCACCAGCAAAAGCACCACCACCACCACCAGCACCAGCAAUAUCACCUAGGGCAGGAGAGGGUAAAAUACGCACCAAAAGUUUCGAGAAAACGAUAUCGAUACCCCGUAUGGAGAGCGACCAUAUGGGCAAUUGGGUAUUCAAUCCUUGGGGUGUUACGUUCGGAGUACUUUGGCAAGAUACGCGAAUGCACUACAAAAUCAAGAACAGCAUGUCAGAAAUAGACUUGGACACGCCAUAUCACGGGCAAUACCAAAUGUACUAUAACAAGCCGCAAACCCAAGUGUGCCGUGGCCUAUCGACAAUUUACAACAAGCCCAAGGUGUACAAGUGGCUGCAGCGCCGUAUCCUAAGGAACGUAACCCCCAAUUUCCACGUGUUCUCCUCGUACAGGCCCAUCUGGUUGGAUUUCCGAAGGGAGCUCUUCAAGAUGGGCAGAUCGGAAGCCUGCCACGUGUCGGCGAUGGACGAUUGGUUACUGUACAACAAUUGCGCCAUAUUGCGGAAUAUGCGAAUGGAGUAUCUAAUACCCAAGUAUCCACUGCAUCAGUACGGCUAUUUCAACCCCCAAAUGAGAGUAGAGCUACCGUAUAAAUUGAUAUAGCAGACGCAGACACCAAUCUGACAACAAUUCGAAAUCAUUAAAGUUGUUUAUCUGGUGUAUCUAA